UUUCUGCUUUCCCCAUCCAAUCCCGCACCUGCCCGUAUGUAUUGGUAUUACCAUUACAGAGUGUUAUUGACCACUAGCCGUUGCCCAGAUCACCACAGCUGUAGUUCGCAGCAACUCGAUGCCUUCUACCAGCCUUCUCCUAGCCUUCUCCUGUCUAGGACAUGGAAUUUUCCCCGAAUAUUGGUGUUAUUCUAUACAAGGCAGACGAUCAUCUACACAACGGCUAUUGCAUACUUUUCUUCAUCGAAAAGAAGUAUAACACUACCUCCUCUAUCUCCAUCGAUCUCUCCUGCAUCUGGACCGGGGAGGCUCCGUUCCAUGACCGAACUGUUAAGUUCGAUACAGGUAAUGACCGUCUCCAGACAUCAUCGCCUUUCGAUCGGGAACGGAGAGAGCGACUGACUGUGACUGACGGACUCUCGGGUUUUUUUAUGGAGAUUACCGCCAACUCUGUCCCCCGGUUCUCCCAUCAUCCAUCACACUCUCCAAAAUCUCACAAAAACAGGACACUUCAUCGUACACCUGAUCAUGGGGGGGGGUGGAUGGUCGCGUGUGCUGCUGCCCCUCCAGGGGAUUUUGACACGAUUAGAAGCGCCUGCAUCGGCUUACAUUGUCCGGUGUACAUGGACUAGGUAGACCCUACAGCCGUAGAUAAGUCGAGUAACUACACCGGCG